AUGAUGGAGUUGACCGAAGAUGGGAAGAGAGUUGGAGAAGACUUUACACAAGACGGGACUAGAACUCUCAAGGGUAAACCCGUUUUAAGAUCAAAUACGGGGAAAUGGAGAGCUUGUUACUUCAUGCUCGGGUAUGAAGUGUGUGAAAGAAUGGCAUAUUAUGGCAUAGCAACAAAUUUGGUGUUGUACUUGACAAGGGAAUUACAUCAAGGCACUGUGAAAUCAUCAAAUAAUGUCACAAAUUGGGCCGGGACCGUGUGGCUGACACCUAUUUUUGGUGCGUAUAUUGCAGACACAUAUUUGGGCCGAUACUGGACUUUCAUGAUUUCUUCAAUUAUUUAUCUCAUGGGUAUGUGCUUAUUGACUCUUGUGGUUUCACUACCAUCCCUAAAGCCACCAUCAUGUGGAAAACAUGUGACCUACUUAGAUUGCGAUAAACGGGCCUCAUCGUUUCAAGUUGGUAUAUUCUAUUGCGCACUCUACAUCAUUGCAGUCGGGACAGGUGGGACCAAGCCCAAUAUCUCAACAAUGGGUGCGGACCAAUUCGAUGAUUUUGAGCCCAAUGAGAAAGCCCAAAAGCUCACUUUCUUCAAUUGGUGGAUGUUUAGCAUCUUUUUUGGCACCCUUUUCUCAAAUACAUUCCUAGUGUACAUUCAAGAUAAUGUGGGUUGGGCUUUAGGGUAUGUUAUCUCUACAUUGGCUCUUUUUGUGGCCAUAAUAAUGUUUAUAAUCGGGACACCGAUUUAUAGGCACAAGCCAAUGACAGAAAGCCCGUUUACUAAUAUGGCAAAGGUACUAGUUGCUGCUGUAAGAAAGAGGAAUGUAGUUGUGCCUGUUGACCCUGAAGAGCUUUAUGAGUUAACUUUGGAUGAGUAUUGUGGUUCUCGGAAGCAUAGAAUUGACCAUUCCUCGUCAUUAAGGUUCCUCGACAAAGCCGCAGUGAAGAUUAGAGAACCGGUUUCUAAAUGGAAUCUAUGUCCGGUGACUCAAGUAGAGCAAACAAAGCAAAUGCUCAAAAUGGUCCCAAUCUUGUUCACAACAUUCAUUCCUAGCACAUUAGUGGCCCAAACCCACACAUUAUUCAUCAAACAAGGUACCACAUUGGUUCGGUCCAUGGGACCACAUUUUGAGAUCCCACCGGCUUGUCUAGCUGCAUUCAUAACAAUCUCCAUGCUUAUCACCAUUGUUAUAUAUGACCGUUACUUCGUACCAUUGAUUAAAAGAUACACGAACAACCCUAGAGGCAUCACUUUAUUACAACGAAUGGGAAUUGGCUUAGCCCUCCAUAUCAUCGUCAUGAUCAUUGCCAGUUUGGUAGAAAGGCGACGACUAAAUGUCGCUAAAGAUCAUGGCAUAUUUGAGAAAGGGAAAAUAGUGCCAUUAAGUAUAUUCAUUCUCCUCCCUCAGUUUAUCUUAAUGGGCGUCGCUGAUAACUUCUUAGAAGUCGGGAAACUUGAAUUUUUCUAUGAUCAAGCACCCGAAGGAAUGAAAAGUCUUGGUACAGCGUAUUUUACAACUGGUCUUGGUGUCGGGUAUUUUCUUAGUAGUUUCAUCUUAUCUACUGUGGCUAAUGUUUCACAAAGGAAUGGACAUAAAGGUUGGAUCCUAGACAACCUAAACGAAUCUCGCCUAGAUUAUUAUUAUCUAUUUUUCAUGGGUUUGUGCCUUUUGAACUUCAUUUUCUUUCUUAUAGCCGCGAAAAACUUUAAGUACAAAGCAGAAAAAGGUGUUGAUCAUGCAUGAUCAAGACUUUGCUCAGGUACAACCAUGGAUGGAGAGCUUUCACACAACAUAUUGUAGAAUUCUUAA